CGACCUGAGCAGUGAAAUCACAGCGGGCUGGAGCAGGUGGCGUUUCGGUGAUUUUCUCAGGAGGGUCAGCCCACUGCGGUUCAGUAUCUGGAGGAGCCGAAUCUGCCCGGUAACAGCAUGGCUGAGCAGCGGUCUGAAAAGCACUGCUGGGUGUGUUUUGCCACAGAGAGGGAUGACCCCCGGGCGCAGUGGCUGAGCCCCUGCAGGUGCAGAGGAAGCACUAAAUGGGUCCACCUGUCCUGCCUGCAGUACUGGCUCGACACAAGGCUGAGGAUGAGCCAGCGACAGCCAAUCAGGUGUCAGCUGUGUGAGGCGACGUACGCCGUCAUCUUCCCCCGAAUGGGUCUGCUGGUGGACUUCCUGCGGGUGGUGGACAGGACUCUGACUGCGAUGGGGCCGUACGGGACCUUGGGGCUGUUGGUUGGGUCUGUGUACUGGUCGGCUCUGACCUACGGCGCUGUGACGGUCGUGCAGGUGAUGGGCCGUACGAAGGGUCUGCUGCUGAUGAGGCGAGCCAGCCCUCUGCUCCUGCUCUCCGGCCUGCCCUCCAUCCCUGUGCUGCUCGUCCUGGGGAAAACCGUCCGCUGGAACGACUACAUCAUGAAGCUGUGGCGGAAACAUUGGUACGAACCCCAGCUACCCCCAGGUAACAGUCGGUACCUGCCCCCCAUCCCUGUGGAUGAGCCCAGAGUACAGCCUCAGUACCUGACCUCCAGGAAUCUGUGCGGCGCGCUCAUGUUUCCCUCCAUCGCCGUUCUGACCGGGCGGCUGCUGUUUCCGUCCCUGACCUCUCACCUGCAGCGCGCUUUACUGGGAGGCGGUGCCUACGUGCUGCUCAAAGGCGUGCUGAAGGUGUAUUUCAAACAGCAACUGUUCAUCAUGCACGCCGGCCGACGCAUCCUCAACUACUGCGACGUGAAGAGGAAGCAGCCGCUGGAAGCCGGAGAGUCAGAGGGCGCCGUGGAUUAGAGCCAAGGGAGGCGGGACCCUGACAUGAUGAUGGACUGUAACCUGACCCUGAAGAAGCCUGCUGCUGUUGUAGGUUUGAAAAGCUUUAUUGCUGUAACUGAAACUCCUGAGCAGCUCUGAGUACGACCGCAGCACCACAGAGCAGCCGCCUCUGCCUCAAACAGCUCCGGGCGGUUUCAGAAAGCGGCUCUCUGUAAACCAGACUGUAACUGCACGCGCUCAGGCAGUCAGUGCUCGGAAAAGGAGCUGCUGUUUAUAUUUCUGUUUUUAAUAAAGCUGUUUUUAC